UUAGCUGGGACCGGGUUUGUUACUUUAUAGACGACGUUUUCCGAUUUUACAGGCAGCGGGGUAUAGCAGUGAAACAUAAACAAUGGCUGCACCACUGAAGAGCUACUUUGAAAACAAGCCGGUGGAAAAGACGAAGAAAGAUCCGAAGCGGCUGUCAGUGGAGAGGAUCUAUCAAAAGAAGACGCAGUUGGAGCACAUUUUGCUCAGACCAGACUCCUACAUAGGCUCCGUAGAGCCUGUCACUCAACAAAUGUGGGUGUAUGAUGAGGAUGCUGGACUGAACUGUCGUGAGGUGAUGUUUGUGCCUGGCCUUUACAAGAUUUUUGAUGAGAUCCUUGUAAAUGCAGCUGACAAUAAGCAGAGGGACAAGAGCAUGUCCUGCAUCAAAGUCACCAUUGAUGUCGAAAACAACGUCAUCAGUGUGUGGAAUAAUGGGAAAGGUAUUCCUGUAGUGGAGCACAAGGUGGAGAAGGUCUAUGUGCCUGCUCUCAUCUUUGGACAACUCCUGACUUCCAGUAACUAUGACGAUGAUGAGAAGAAGGUCACUGGUGGACGUAAUGGAUAUGGCGCCAAGCUUUGCAACAUCUUCAGUACUAAGUUCACUGUAGAGACCUCCUGUAAAGAGUCGAAAAAGACUUUCAAGCAGACUUGGUAUGACAACAUGGGCAGAACAGGUGAUGCCAGCAUCAAAUCCUUUGAUGGAGAGGAAUACACUUGCAUCACCUUCAAGCCAGAUCUGCCCAAGUUUAAGAUGAGCGUUCUGGACAAAGACACAGUAGCUCUGAUGACCAGGAGGGCCUAUGACAUUGCUGGGUCCACGAAGGGGGUCAAGGUGUACUUCAAUGGAAACAGGCUGCCAGUUACAGGUUUCCGUAGCUAUGUGGACAUGUAUGUAAAGGACAAGGUGGACGAGCUGGGCGGUCCCCUCACUGUGAUCCAUGAGCAGGUCAAUGAGCGCUGGGAGGUCUGUCUCACAAUGAGCGAGAAAGGCUUCCAGCAAGUCAGCUUUGUCAACAGUAUUGCCACAACCAAGGGAGGCAGGCACAUUGACUAUGUGACUGACCAAGUGGUUGGCAAGCUCAUUGAAGUGGUGAAAAAGAAGAACAAAGCUGGAGUGGCAGUCAAACCUUUCCAGGUGAAAAACCACAUGUGGCUGUUUGUGAAUUGCCUCAUCGAGAACCCGACGUUUGACUCUCAGACCAAAGAGAACAUGACAAAGCAACAGAAGACCUUUGGGUCCACUUGUCCCCUCAGUGACAAGUUCUUUAAACAGGCCACAUCCUGCGGCAUCGUGGAGAGCAUCAUGAAUUGGGUGAAGUUCAAGGCUCAGUCCCAGCUCAACAAGAAGUGCUCAGCUGUUAAGCACACAAAAAUCAAAGGCGUACCAAAACUGGAUGAUGCCAACGAUGCAGGUGGGAAGAACUCCAUCGGCUGCACACUGAUCCUUACUGAGGGAGACUCAGCCAAGACACUUGCUGUGUCUGGGCUGGGAGUGGUCGGAAGAGACCGCUAUGGAGUCUUCCCUCUCAGAGGCAAAAUGCUCAACGUCCGGGAGGCCUCACACAAACAGAUUAUGGAAAAUGCUGAAAUCAACAACAUCAUCAAGAUCAUUGGGCUGCAGUACAAGAAGAACUACGGCGACCCAGAAUCUCUCAAGACUCUGCGCUACGGCAAGAUCAUGAUCAUGACAGAUCAGGAUCAAGAUGGCUCCCACAUUAAGGGCUUGCUGAUCAACUUCAUCCACCACAACUGGCCAUCGUUGCUGCGCCAUAACUUCCUGGAAGAGUUCAUCACCCCCAUCAUCAAGGCAUCUUUCAAGAAAACUCAGCUGUCUUUCUACAGUAUCCCUGAAUUCACUGCAUGGAAGGAGAGCCAGCAAAACUACAAAUCUUGGAAAAUCAAAUACUACAAAGGUUUGGGAACCAGCACAUCGCAGGAAGCCAAGGAGUACUUCUCUGAUAUGCAGAGGCAUCGUAUCCCCUUCAAGUACUCCGGACCUGAAGACGAUGAAGCUAUCACCCUUGCCUUUAGCAAGAAGAAAGUGGACGAGCGAAAAGAGUGGCUCACCAACUUCAUGAUGAACAGGCGUCAGCGCAGGGAGCACAACCUGCCUGAGGAGUACCUUUAUGGUCAGUCGACCAAGUCCCUCUCCUACAAUGAUUUUGUCAACAAGGAGCUGGUACUUUUCUCCAACUCUGACAAUGAGAGGUCCAUUCCCUGCCUGGUGGAUGGUUUGAAACCAGGCCAGAGGAAGGUGCUGUUCUGUUGCUUCAAGAGGAAUGACAAGCGGGAGGUGAAGGUUGCCCAGUUGGCCGGCUCGGUUGCUGAGAUGUCUGCCUACCACCAUGGAGAGGCCUCUUUGAUGAUGACCAUCGUUGGUUUAGCUCAGAACUUUGUGGGAAGCAACAACUUGAACCUGUUGCAGCCUCUGGGACAGUUUGGUACCAGGUUACACGGUGGCAAAGACUCUGCCAGCCCUCGAUACAUCUUCACCAUGCUCAGCCCCCUGGCCCGCCUCCUUUUCCCAUCUGUGGACGACAACCUGCUCAAGCACAACUUUGACGACAACCAACGUGUAGAGCCCGAGUGGUACAUCCCCAUCAUCCCCACUGUGCUGGUGAACGGAUCAGAAGGUAUCGGCACAGGCUGGUCCAGCAAGCUCCCCAACCACGACAUACGCGAGCUCAUCAGCAACAUCCACCGUAUGCUCAACGGCGAGGAACCUCUGGCUAUGCUUCCAAGUUACAAAGGCUUCAGAGGCACAAUUGAGCAGGUGAUGGAAAACCAGUUCAUGAUCAGUGGAGAGGUUUCCAUCCUUGAUUCCACGACCAUUGAGAUCUCUGAAUUGCCGGUCAAGUCCUGGACACAGGUCUACAAGGAGAACGUGCUGGAGCCGAUGUUAAACGGCACAGAAAAGGUUCCUCCUCUCAUCACAGACUACAAGGAAUACCACACUGACACCACAGUGCGCUUUGUGGUCACGAUGACUGCAGAGAAACUGAUUGAGGUAGAAGCUGCCGGCCUUCAUAAAGUCUUCAAGCUGCAGAGCCCCCUCACCUGCAAUUCUAUGGUUCUAUUUGACCAUGUAGGCAGCCUGAAGAAGUACGAGUCUGUGCAGGAUAUUCUCAAGGACUUCUUUGAGCUGAGGAUGAAGUACUACGUGCUGAGAAAGGACUGGCUGGCAGGCAUGCUGGGGGCAGAGAGCGCAAAGCUCACCAACCAGGCCCGCUUCAUCCUGGAGAAGAUUGAGGGCACCUUGGUCAUUGAGAACAAACCCAAAAAGGAACUGAUUCAGAUGCUGCAGCGGAUGGGCUAUGACUCGGACCCAGUCAAGGCUUGGAAACAGGCUCAGGAGAAGACUGACGAGGAGAUGGAGGGUGAGGAAGAGGAGGAAGGAAAGGAAAAAGAAGACGACAGCGGGCCCGACUACAACUACCUGCUGAACAUGCCCAUGUGGUUCCUGACCAAAGAGAAGAAAGAUGAGCUGUGCAAACAGAGGGAUGCUAAGAUGACAGAGCUGAACACCCUGAAGAAGAAGGCUCCAGCUGACCUGUGGAAGGAAGACCUUGCUGCUUUCUCAGAGGAGCUGGAGCGAAUUGAAGCAAAAGAAAAGGAGAGUGCCUCUAUGCCUGUAAAGGAGAAGGGAAAGGCUGGAAAAGGUAAAUCGACAAAGGUGAAGCAGGAGACUUUGCCCACACCACAAGGCCGCCGUGUUGUUCCACGUGUUACCAGCACAAUGAAAGCUGAGGCUAACAGGAAGGCACAGGGCAAGAGAGUCCGAACAGUCAAGAGUGAAGAUGUAAUCAUGAAGAUGGAGUUCGGAGAAGAUGCAGAGAGUCCAGAGCCAAUUGAGGAAACUGGCUUGGCUGCACGACUGAGCAAGAAAACUAAAACCCAGACAAAGGAGAAAGCAGCCCCUAAGACUGGCAAGCAGACAACUCUUCAGUUCAAGUCUGCUGUCAAGAAGCCAAAGAAGAAUCUGUGGUCAGAUGAGGAGUCUGACGAUGUGUCCGACAGUCCAAUGGAGGCGGAGGAAGGCCCCAGACAGCGGCAAGAACGCAAAACUGCAGCUCCAGUGAAGUACAGUGUGUCUGACAGUGAAGAUGAAUUCGACGACUGGGGAAAGAAGGAAGCUCCAAAACAGAGAGCCGUCAUCAGCGAUGAUGAUACCAGUUUCGCCCCGAACGCUUCAUCCGACAGUGAUGCAUCCUCUCCAUCCCCACCGCCUCCCAAAGCUAAGGAACCUGCGAAGAAAGUGGUAAAGAGCAAAACAACAGUUAAACAGACAGACACCAAGUCGAGCUCUCAGUCAGAUGAUCCUGCACCUGCACCUGCACCCAAGGCUCCAGCUCAACGUAAAACCAAAGAGGCUGCACCCAAGAAAGCUGCUGCAGCCAAGAAACCAGCUGCAUCCAAGAAGAAGCUUGCAGAUGUGAAGCAGCCGUCUAUCUUGGACGCGCUCUCUAAGUCCAAACCUGCCAAGAAGGUCCCUUCAUUUGACUCCAGUGACUCGGAGAACAAACCGAUAGCAGCAACUAAAAAGGCAAAACCUGUUCUUAAACGGAAGCAGGUCAUCAGUGACGAGUCCGACAGCAGCUCGGACGACCUCAUGUCACGCCUCAAAGCCAAAUCAGCCGGCAACAAGAAAACCAAGAAGUGGGAUGAGGAUGACAGCUGCCAGGGUUUAGACCAAGAAGAAGCUCCACCAGCCGUAGCUCCGCGAGAUAAGCCUUCACGUGCCCGGAAACCUAUCACUUACAUGCUAGACUCCGACUCAGAUGAAGAUUUUUAAAUCACAGUGCAAAUCCGGUUCUUCAGUAAGUUAUACAUGUAGUGUUUAUUGUGCCACUAAUAUGCUUUUAUCAGUUGAAGCACAGCUGCGUUUACUCACAGUUCAAACAGACCUGAGAGCAGCUGUCUGUAUAACCUUUAGCAGAAAAUUUUAAUCUGUCAAAGAGCAGAAAGAAUGUGUUCGAUGCUGUUAAACCUGUAAACAAGUCAGGAUUCAGUCUGAAGAAGACGUAGUCGUAGGUUCUUAAAAUGUCUUUUGUAUUCCACUUAUAUGUGUUUUGUCUUGUCUUGUAAAUAUUUCAAUGGCUGUUCGAUUUUAAUAAGAAAUAAAGUUUAACCUCUUUGUAUUGAU